UCACAUCUUUUUGUUGUUUCCCACUCUCCUUCGGGGGUUUUCUUUUUCGCCAUGGAUCGUUUCUGAUCCCAAAAUAAUAAACCAAAUUUUCUUUUGGUACUUUUACAAUGGGGUGUUUCCUUGGGUGUUUCGGGAUUUCUACUAAAAGAAAACGUCGAAAACCAGCCAACCGGAUUCUUCCCGGACCUGCAGAAUCAAGACUUGUUAGCUAUGAACCCUUGGAUUCCUAUGAUUCUACAAAAUCUCAGCUGAGUGGUAAAGCUGAGAGACAGAGUGCUAAAAUCAGGAAGAAAGUGAGCUUUAACUUGAAUGUUCAAACCUAUGAGCCGAUUACGGAUGAAGAAACGACUACGUACCAGUUUUUACAGAGUGUUGAAGAGGAGAAUGAAAAGAAUGGAGGAGAAGUUGGAAAAGGGAGCUUACACUUUUUCUCCGAUGGCGUUUUGAGUUCGUUGAAGACGAGUGUUUAUCCCUAUAAUUAUAGGUACCAGAACUGUAGUGACACCUAUGAUGAAGAAGAUGAAAUGAUAUUUGAGGAAAAUGAUUUAGAAGAUGAUGAUGGCUAUUUUGAUGAUGAUGAUGAUGUUUGGGUUGAUGAUGGAAAAGAUGUUGAUGAUCAAUUUGAGUCUCUAAACAUGGACUCAACAAAGAGAGAUGAUUCGAUUCAAUUGGAUGAGAAGAAUCAAAUGUCACUUUGUGGUUCAACAGAUGGAAAUGCAAAGAUCAGAAGCCAAUAUCUAUAUUCCGUGUUGAGUCCAAUCGAAAACAUGACUCAGUGGAAUGAAAUCAAAGCUAGAGCAGCCAUCAAACCGAAGCAGACGAGGAAGGAUAAUGUUGCAGUAGAGGAAGAAUCACAAAUACCCAUCGGUUCGAACCCGAGAUCCAACUGCUCACCAAAAUAUAAUCAGUCAAAUCCCAUUCUGCAAGACAUAGCAGUCGGUGCUAGCCUCUCAAAUUGGUUGAUCUCACCGAAUGUCCAUACCCUGCUAUCGAAGAAAAGCAUAUCAGCCAGAUCAUUCUCCAGGAGAAGUCAAGAAGAUAGGGUGAUCUCAAACAUAUCACCAACCUAUAGUUUGCUAGAGUACAAUGAAAUUAUUUAAGAUACAAGGGGUGUGUAUAAGUUUGGGGUACUGUUUGAUUGUUAAUUUGUUUGUAUUUAAGUUUUUGAUUCUUUGAUUCAUUUUAGAAUGUUUCAAAGUUUGGUCAUUUUGGCUCCGAUUUGUUCAUGUUGUACCAUCUUGUAUAAGGAUUCGAACAAUGUGGUGAAGUUGAACUAUUUAA